GGAGCGGCUCCUGUCCUCUGAGACUGGUUUUCCCUGGAGACUGAGAAGUGGCGGGAUGCGUCCUGAACAGAUCCGAUGACCAGAGCACUCACGGGGACGAUGUGUUCAGUGCUCACAGAGUUCUCCAGCGUUACAGCGUGACUCGGAGUGACCGCUAGAGUGAUGUGCAGUGACGUUCCACAGAAGUGACAGGCAGUGAUACCCCGCUGCACGCAGAGUGACCAGGGAGAGCGUCGGAGUGACGCAGUGACGGGAGCGGAGUUUAUCGACUUGCUCUUUUUAACCUUCUUCUUACCGUGACUCAGAACCAAUCAGAGAGAUUCAGAGUGACUUUCUCUUUGAAGUGACAUUAAGGUCUACACCUGCUUGCCCUGGAGUCGGUGGUGUGACGCGUGGAGUGACAUGCACCUGGUGUUCGCUGUGAUCGAGUUCUUCUCAGAGUUCUUCAGAGAAAUCUUGUAAGACUGAAAGUGAUGGAGUGAGUGAGCAGCGGAUCAGACUGACGUUCGGAGCGCUCUGGGUGACAGGGGGAGUGACGCGGGAAGUGGCGCGGGGAGUGACAGGACGUCUCCAGGACAUUGAGUCUCACCACUAUGCAGCGCGUGCUGUCCUCCAGUAGUGCCUUAUGAUGCACAGAUGGAUGGUGGUGUGGAAACGGCCAGACCUGCUGUGUGGACUUUACCUGCGAGUGCUGCUGUGGCUGGGCGGAGUGGGUGUGGCCUAUGGAGGGGCUGUGGCCUCGACUGAACCCUCGGCUGUGUGCGACUGCAUCAAGCAAGAAAGCUCCGCUCGGAAUUACGACUACAUGGAGGGAGGAGACGUGAGGAUCCGCCGACUCUACAGCCGCACGCAGUGGUUCCUCACCAUCGACGAGAACGGCAACGUCAGCGGCACACAGGACCCCAACAACUGCCACAGUAUCCUGGAGAUCCGCACAGUCUCCGAGGGGGGCAUCCUGGCAAUCAAAGGGGUGAAGAGUCAGUAUUACAUUUCCAUGAGCAGGUCUGGAAUACUACAAGGCAAGAAGGAGUACAGUGACAGCUGCAACUUCAGAGAGGUGCUUUUGGAGAACUUCUACACGGCCUAUGUGUCGGAGAAGUGGAGCAAGAGCGUGAAGGAAAUGUUCAUCUCUCUGUCGCAGAAGGGCCGGCCGCUAAAGGGCAAAAAGACUCGCAAGGAGAGCGUGGCCUCUCACUUCAUCCCUCGCAGGUGCAAGGAGGAAGACAGGACACUGGCCUGACCACACGCACACACACACACACACACACACACACACUCGGCAAAUAUAUACCUGUUUAAAAGCCGUGCCUCUGAUGUGUCGUGUGCGCUGUUCCGUUCGGAAAAGGAGAAAGUCCUUCCAUUUAAACACGGACUGAUUCAUAAACACAUGAUGAAACUCUAAAUAAACAGAGGGAGUGAAGUGUGUGAGUGUGUGAGUGUGUGUGUGAGUGUGUGAACACCCAGAUAACAGGUUCUACUGUAUACUGAUAAACGUGUAACUGUUCAAUUAAGUUAUCUUUUAUUAUGAAUAAUAAGAACAAUGACUUCAGAACUUCGGCCUCUGUCCCGAACGCCUGCUUAGGUGUUCCCAAUAAAAGGCAUUUUAUUAAAGACUGGGGUUUGGGACACAGCUGAGCGCCAGUUAUGUAACACUGUUCCAUGAAGCCGCAGUCGUAAAAUAUUAUCACGAUCGGAUCAGGAGUGUAAACAGUGCGGUCCCGCUGGAAAUGACGAGCUGCGGGACGGUGUGCUGUUUCAUUAACCUGAGAGUGUGUGUGUGUGUGUGUGUGG